AUGCCUAUAGAAAUGCUCUCCCUCAUUAUUGAAAACGGGUUUAAGGAAGCAGAUAACCUCACGCGCGUGCGCUUUGUCCUGCGUGCUGCAUCUGUAUCUCACACCUGGCGCCAGCUCGUCUUGAGUACGCCCUCGCUCUGGACCUCCAUCCACGUCUCUCUUCCUUACAGACCACCUAUUACAUUCCUAUCAACCAUGCUUGAACGGUCUCGCGCAUUGUCGCUCGACAUCGAUAUCGAUUGGGUCCAUCCAGGACUUCCGCAUUUGCGACGACCAGAGUUGCAAUACCCUCCAGAACUCGGCGCGGACUACAUCCACGGCGUCAUGAACCUGCUCACCGGGCAUAUGGUGCGGUGGCGGAGCCUCGAUAUGUGUACAGACUACGAUGAACCCGAGACGAACCUCUUGUCGCUUUUGAUUGGGACAGCACCUGUCCUGAAGAAGUUCCAUCUGUACUGCAUGGACAUUUUCCCUUCCACUGAAGAUGACGAUGAUGCAGUUGACCUUCGUCGAUUCGAGGCACCCCACCUCAUCUCUCUGCACUUAGAGUCAUUGCCUUCUGACGAAGACUUGGCAAGGGCUAUCAAGCGGUUUCCAUCAGUCGCCGAAGUGACAUGGGAAGAGAAGAGCGAGCCUUGGCUGCGAUAUGAGGGCCUGCAGCUUAUGCAGAUCUUUCAGCCUCUCCGUGCACUUAAACGCCUAACCCUUGGCGGACUCGACUUCGAGGAUUGGAAUCCGAAUCCGCCGAGUAACACUGCGGUACAGACAAGCCUGCCUACGCUUGAAGUGAUCGAAUUUUAUAAUACGGAGUACUACAUCCUUGGCGACAUCUUAGUGAACAUUUUGGCGCCGUGUCUACGUCAGGUCAUCAUCCACGAUGCUCAGCACGUCGACGACAUCGGUUCCACGUUUCAGGGAUUCUGGAACCAUUCGACUCGAUUCCCGCGUCUGCACUCACUGGUCCUCGACCGCGCUACCAGUUCAUGUGGCCGCAUACCGGACGCAGGCGCAUUAUGGGCGGUGUUUGGCUUUUUCCAUUCCAUUCGCAUUGUCACCUGUAAACACCGACGGUGCGAUCCAGAAGCUAUCCUGCACUCCUUGUCCUUCGCCCACAGAGAUGGCUGGUAUUUCCCAAGGCUGAAGAGGUUGACGGUCUAUCCUACAUCCGAGGUCAUAGUAGAUCUGCUGCGCCGCAUUGUGCAUAAUCGUGUUCAGGCCGAGGCUUUGGCCCCGCGCGAAGGCGUCACACGCCUAGAGACACUUGAGGUGCACAGCGAAGUACCCAUUGAUCAAUCUGACGCCGACGAUCUCGCGAAAGCCGUAUCGACUCUGAAAUGGAUGUCUGAAAAGCCAGACUGGGAGGUCAACAAAGACCGCUUUCUGGGACAGUAUUACGGCGUAGAACUGAGGUUUAUUCUCCACUCUAGCGCGUGGGACAUGAACCUAGGCGGUAGUUGGAACUCAAAUCGACGAAAUACAUCGUCGAUUGAGACAGUCUGGGUUACUGAAGUGGUGACUUCCACAGGACUGUCAACUGCUGUCGCCGUUGUCGAGCCCUCUUCUUUUGUUACGUCUCUACUCCUCUCGCCGCCUGCCCCUCCGAGUCCUGCGCUGCCUGUCUCGAGCCUCUCACCAUCCCCGGCGCCUUCAGUCUUCACGGAGAUCCUUACCAACACCGUCACAGCAACGUUGACCAAACCACCUGCAACGAUUACUGUCUCCGCUCCCCCGCAGACGGUUACCGAUGUUGUCACCAUGUCACCUCUGCCCCCUGCUCUUGUUCCUCAAACCGCAUGGUCAGCGCCGUCUCAAAUGACGGACCUCGCGGCCUUUAAUGUCACCAACUUCGCCUCUGGCCAGAAGAAUCUGCACAUCUUCGAUGUCAUCCCGGUAGAUACUACUGUGGUUACCCUUGCAGCGAUGGCCAAUGCUGUGGUUGGCAACCUCUCGUCUGUGAACGCAGCCCCGGCACAGAGCAACUCGACAGCAGUCAUGCAACUGUUCUACCCGGCGAACUCGAUCAACCCUGCUAAUGAACCGCAAGGCGGCGCAGACUUUUACGCCACACCGCUUGACCUUCAUGAUGCUCAGAAUGUGUCAUUAGAAUAUAGCAUCUUCUUCCCGGCCGACUUCGACUGGGUGCAAGGCGGGAAGCUACCUGGAAUUUAUGGCGGGCACACGGGCUGUUCCGGCGGCGACGCUGCCGUAACCUGUUUCAGCACCCGCCUUAUGUGGAGGGCCGGCGGUGCCGGCGAGCUCUAUCUGUAUGCCCCCAAGGAUAAACAGACAGCUGCCCUUUGCUCAACGCCACCGCAAUCUGUGUGCGACGCAGCCUACGGUCUCUCGAUUGGCCGGGGGUCCUUCAACUUCACUGCUGGAGGCUGGACACGUAUUCGCCAGACCGUCGCGCUCAAUACACCCGGCCAACAAGACGGUGGCUUUGUCCUAGAAGUCAACGGACUGCCUGUCAUCAACCGUUCUGACGUGUACUAUCGUGACGCGCCGGCUCCUUCAGUCAAUCCCAGUUCUGGAGACGGAGACGACGACGGCGACGGCGACGGCGACGCCAGUGACGACGACAGCGACGACAGCGACGAUGACAGCGAUGACGACGGCGACAGUGACGAUGGCGAUAGCGACGGCUCACUGGGCGACAUUCUGGGAAACCUCCUAGCUCGUGUUGCUCUCUGGCCUGAAAGAGGCGUCUUGGUGCUCCGUGAUGCGAUCCAGGAUUCUCAGUCUACUCUGCUCCCGUCUCCGACCGCUCUGGCGCAGCUCCAAGUAACCGACGCCGCUGCAUCUGCUGUUCUUGCUGGCUUUAUGCCUACUUCGCAGGCGAACGUCACCGUGGUUCCAGAAAUGUCUCUGGUGAGAAGCACUAGCACGGUACAGGCGGCCCUCAUCACAGAAGUGGUCACUCCGACGGCGACAAUGACAACAGUCGUGUAUCCGUCCGCGACACCCAACGAUAUCAUGUUUGCCAUCGAGGACGUAGAAGAGGCAUCACAGCCUGUCAGGUUCACAGGGCUGUUCUUCAGCACGUUCUUUGGCGGGCACGAGCCCGAGUUCGCCACACCCAAGGAUCAAUACGCAUGGUUCAAGGACUUCUCGAUGACCAUCAAUAACUAG